AUGCUUAGGGCUUUUUGUGCUGGUCAUGUUGCUUCGCGGUGGAGUCUUGCUAGAUAUAAGAACCCACAACCAGCACCAGCACAGCAAGCAACGCCAACAUGCACGUCUAUUCUCUUCUUUUUUGCCACCAUGGAUCCCAAGUCACCAACACCCUUAGCCACCGUUCCGCCAUCCAUCGGUCAGCCAGGCUGUCUUGUCGUACCGUUGCCGAGCGCGGGGGCUCAUUGCGGAAGUACAUCAGACGUCCUGCGUGAAUACCUGCUGGGGAUGGGAAGCAUCCAACACGUUCAACAGAGGGCAGAUCCCUGACGACAACGCAACAUCGAAAACGAAAGAGUAUGCAUGAUAAGCACCACCAUCACGACGCCGACUCCGGCCGCCCGCCCCAAAAGCGGGAGUCUGUGCGUGAUUCGGUCGUCAUGUCAUGGAAGACGAGAGGGACAGCCAGCGAGGAAAAAGCAUGGCAGUGGGGUCAUGGCUGGCAUGUGUUUACGGUGUGGCAUGGCCGACUCAUUGGGCCGCCUCUGCAAGAACUGCAGAUGGCUAUCGGGGCAAAAGGGGGGCCAGGGUCCGUUGCAACGAUUGGAGAAGAGGGCAGCGGAAGCGAGAGGGACAAGAAACAGGACGCCCUCAGCCCGCAGGAAGCAAGUAUGGGAAGGAGAAAAGCACGUCACAUCGGUUCUCUCUCACUCACUCUCUCUCUCUUGAUCUCUCGAUCUCUCGAUCUCUCGCUCUCAGCUACCUAGCCUACCACGUACCUACCGAACUAAACCGCGCGUGCCGUUCCACGUUCAAAGAUGUCUCAAACCUGC